AUGAAGUACUCUAUUCUCAGUGCCGCUUUACUUGCGACCUCCGCCGUUGCGGCACCUUUGACGGCGUCUCGCCAGGCGCGCGAGCAAGCUCGCCGUCUUCACAAUGGCAAGGCACGUCACCAGAGUCACCCACCAUAUAAGCCUGGUACCCGCCAGCUGCUUCACCCGAGCAACGGCCACAAGGACAUCAUCCAGGAGCAGUACGAUUCCAAUUGGGCGGGAGCUGUCCUCGUUGGAACCGGAUAUACCGCGGUCUCUGCUGAGUUCCAGGUCCCGACUCCCCAGGCCCCAGCCGGCGGCGACUCCAGCACCCAGUACUGCGCCUCUGCCUGGGUUGGCAUUGACGGGGACACUUGCUCCACCGCUAUUCUGCAAACCGGUGUCGACUUCUGUAUUCAAGGAGGCUCGGUAAGCUACGACGCAUGGUACGAGUGGUACCCAGAUGCUGCAUAUGACUUCAGUGGUAUCAGUAUCUCAGCGGGAGAUACGAUCCGAGUGACUGUGGAUGCCUCUUCCACGUCGACAGGCAACGCCACGAUCGAGAAUACCUCAAAUGGCCAGACAGUGUCCCACAGCUUUUCUGGCGUGCAGGGCGACCUGUGUGAAUAUAACGCGGAGUGGAUCGUCGAAGAUUUCGAGUCCGGCGGUGGCAUGGUCCCAUUUGCGGACUUCGGUACUGUGACCUUCACAAAUGCUCAGGCCUCUGAUGGUGGCUCCACGGUUGGGCCUGCAGGUGCUUCGAUUAUGGAUAUUCAGCAGAACAGCACCGUUCUCACGUCUUCGUCCGUUUCUGAUAACAGCGUCACUGUCCAGUACAAUUGA